AUGCUCCUCCCCUCCCUCCUCCCCCUCUUCGCCCUACUCCCGUCAUUCACACCAACCCCAACACUAGUAGGCGCCUACGACACGGCCAUCCACCCCGAAUUCCAGCAAGGCCUCGCCAUCAACGACGUCCCCUCCCACCGGCGCCUCCACUGGAUGCGCGUCGCCAACGAGGCAGUCUAUGCGGAUGGGCAUCCGUGUCCGCAGGCGCCGUUUGGGAGUGCGGUGGUUAAUACGACGGGGGAUGAGUUGGUUUGUGUUAUUUCGAAUCGGGUUGGGGUUACUGGGAAUCCGGCGAUGCAUGGGGAGAUUAGCGCCAUCACGCACUGUACAGACGUCUUGACGAAGAAGGGGUGGACGCCGCAAGAGAUAUUGGGAGCGUGGAAAGAGUUUAGUCUGUAUACGAAUGGAGAACCAUGCCCGAUGUGCGCUUCAGCAAUUCGAUGGGCUGGGUUCAAAGAAGUGAUUUAUGGGAGUAGUAUAAGGACUAUCGCUGAGCACGGCAGGAACCAGAUAUACAUCCCGUCCUCUGAGGUUUGGGAGAAGAGUUAUUCUCUGGGGCAUGCUACGCUCAUGCUGGGGAAUGUAUUGACGAACGAGACGGACGUAUUCUUUGCGCACCAGUUCAACGAGUCUGCUCCUUGUCCGGUAGGAUGUGAGCGCCAGCCGGUCCCAGGCAAGCGGGUGCAAGCUUGUACACCGGUAAAUAACUGGGAGGAAGUGAUUGCGAAGGCUGGGGUGGGGCUGGCACUUGGGCAGAGUAAGGUUCAAGGGCGACAUGAUGAGCUGUAA